UUCUGAAGUUAUCUUCAAACUUGAAUUACAGGCGGUCUCUCACGGACGCGACUAAGAAAACAAACGCCCAAAUAACUGAACCAGGAUUUUCAAGAACGGCUAAACAAUCUGAUAUCACACUCAUUCUUUCAUAGUAAUUGUUGUGUAUAAGGCUCUGGCGGAAAAGGGGUGAAGUCAUUUUAUUACUCACCAACUUAAUUAAAACAUUGCUUCGGAAAAUAUAAUGCAAAUGAAAAGUCUUAUGUCACUAGUCCUGGUAAUGCUUACCUUCACGACAUGCACGUUCAUUACGAGGCGUUACCUGUACAUCGGGAACAACUUCGAACUGACGUCAUGUCCACCCGAUUGUCGGCACUUCCUAUCGGAUUUUGAAUUUGACCAACUUGUUUCCUCCAGUCGAAAAAACAUUGAUGAUUGUGAAAACAUAUGUUCACAAAUCAUGGCGAAAGAGACUUCUCCGAUUCUGAUCAACCAAGUCUGUCCGUCUGUUUGUAUCACUGUAAGACGUCUUGUUUCAACCAAUGAGGGAUGAGCAAAUAAGUCGCAUGAUAAUUGUACCUGAAAUUUGGAAUUAAUAAAGUAAAGAACUGUU